UAUACUGUCUCCACCUGGGAUGGCAGAUUUCCAAGUCUUAUCGAUAAGCCCGAUGAUGGUGUUCCAGCGCGACUGCAGGUCCCAGAAAAGUUCGAGAUCCUGCGUCAACCAAGCUUCACUUGCUUCAGAUUCGAGACUGAAGGCUCGUACGUUGUGAAAAUGGCGGGCCGGCCGCUAUUUCUCGAUCUACGAUGUCGAAAUAACACCAUCUGCCGCUCAUGUCGACUUGCGAUCCGCCAGCGACCGCCGCAACUCCCAUGGGCUGCCGCCUACAGCUCUCAAGCCUCCAAGACUGCGGGACGACGACCUACCGACGAAUCCAUCGCACGAAAGCCCAGUAAACUGGAAUUAAAGCAGUAUCUCGAGCGCAUUAGAUCCCUGCGGAGUCCCAAGAAGGACGCAGACAAGUCUUUUUCGGUUCGAUACUUUGAACAGAACAACAACCAGAGAACCGAGCUCUCCGACGAGGAGGCCUUUGGCGAUUCGCUCAAUCAACUCGAUGCUUCAGAGCUCAAGGACGUCUUAUUCGAGAUCAAGGAUGAGCUCGUAGGGAAGGAGGAGAAGGAUGCCUUUGAUGAGGUAGUUGCACAUAUGGGUGAGGACUGGGACAAGUUGAAGACAGCCGACGACCUGGAGAAACUGGUGGCCAGAAUGGACGCAUACACGGCGGCAAUCGAUGCGGAAAUCGACAAAACAGGCGCCGAGUUUCCCAGGGAGCUUUUGGAGGAGCUUGAUAGGGAGAUUCCAGGAUUACCAGGGAUGGGCAGCCUGGGCUCACGGAUCGCCCUGCCCCAAAUCCCAGAGAAGCCAUGGACAAUGAACCAACGGAAGAAAAUCACGAGGCUCAAUUCCAUUCUAGCGCGUGUCUCGAGAGAGAUGCGCCGAGAUUCGAAGCUCACCAAGAAGAGCGUCCAGGGAGUGUACAAGGCCUACCAUUCGGCAAGGCUUUCCCUCGCCCAUGGAUGGAGCCACGUCCCCCUCGGAGUGUGGGAUUUCCUAUGGAAAGUAUUCUCCGUGGAUGAGUCGGUCAACAUGCAUCGUCUAUCGCACAUUGCACUGCUUGCACGCGACAUGAGCGAGGCCAAUGUUGUCUUGAGCCCUGUACAGCAGCUGUUGACCAUCGAGGCCGUUUUCGUGGAUGGCUGGGAAGCCAAGGCCAUUGAAAACUGGAAGCGAUGUAUCAGCUCGCUGGGUGAUGAGAACGCAGAGACGUUCCAGGACUUCUGGGAACUCGGUGUAAGAAUGUACUGCCGCGAGGGUGAUCUGGAGCAGGCACAGAGGGCUAUCAACAAGCUGCUCGAGAGGCAGACAGACCCUCGAAUUCUCAUGCCUCUUAUUCGGACAUGUUCCGAAUUGGGCACAGAGGAGGGUCAGGAGCGAGCCUGGUCCGUCUACCGCCAGAUGCGAGGGCUUCUUGGGCAAGACAUGAAGAUUACGGAUUACGACCAGGUCAUCGCCUAUUUCUUGGCCACAAACCAAGCCGAAAAUGCCCUGCACGCCUUUGUCGAUAUGAUGAGCGACGGGAAGAUCGACUUGAAGAGGCAGACAUACCUGCCUUCGGUUGUCGCAAACAAGUUCUUCUUUGGAAAAUGGCUGAAGAGGCUCAUUGGCGCUGGUGACCUGAAUGGCGCCCUCAGCGUCGUCGAGUUCAUGCGGAGGAAGGGCGUCAACGCAGCUCCGAUUCAUCUCAACGGCCUCGUCGCUGCUUGGCAACGCGCGGGUGGCGUGGAGGAUCUUGAGAGAGCUGAUGAGAUGGCAUGGGGGAUGAUCGAAUCACGAAUCAGCUUCGUUGAGACCAGGCGGAACGAGAGCAGCCGCAGGAAGGCCGAGGCUCUCGAGAAGUCGGGCACGGCGCCACUGCCCAGGGCAACCCUCGAGACCUUCUCCCUGCUUGCAGAGAACUAUCGCAUGCGUGGCCUCCACGACCGACUCCAGGUGCUAUGGCAGUCAUUCCGGGACGCCGAAAUCAGCCCUGAUGCCUUCAUGAUCAACCAGCUCAUCGAGUCGUACAUCCAGGCCGGCCAGAUAAAGGAGGCGCUCGAGCUGUAUAACGCCCUCGUCACCGAGAAAGGCGUCAACCCCGACCCCUACACCUUCAGCUCCCUGUGGAAGACGCUGGGUAUCAACCGCCUGCACUCGGUCUCCGAAGAUGCCCUCGCCGGAGAAACCGAGGCGGCCCGCGCCCUGUUCGCCGAGACGGUCAAGUUCAAGCAUGUCUUCGAGCCGGAGGGCAUGGAUGGCCAGCUCGCCCGCAAGAUCCUCCACACCCUGCGCCGCCUCAACGAUCCGGCCGGUCUCAUCACGCUCGUGCUCGAGAUGGUUCUCGGCACCACCAAGCUCUCCCUGGAUUCCACCGGAAGCCGGAACCGCCUCGUGCUCGCCAAGCGCAACCUCGACCGCGCCCUCGUCGCCUGGGCCGACGGCGACACCACCAAGCUCGAGGGCCCGCGCCGCGGCGUGGCUCUGUUCGAGUACCUCCAGAAGCACUAUUGGCCCGCGGAUGCCGAUGAGUCGGCGAAGAGGACUGCCUUCCGAGAUGCGGCUCGGCAGAUGGGCGUGUACGAUUUGUUAAAGAAGGCGGCGAAAAAGCGAUGAUGAAUGAUGCCUCGGAACUUGUACCAUCUCCAAUGUGCGGACACAUAUAGACAGCAACCGGCAGUAGUCCAACCCGUUGCGGAAUUGUAUAUUAGGCACCACAGAGGCUGUGGGCAUACCUGUAUAAUAGAACACACCUGGCUCAGUCGUCUGGAGUUGCAGCAAAUUUCACGCACAUCAAUGAAUGUUGGGCGUAUCGGCGGGU